AUGAGCGCUCCCAUGGAGAUCUCCUUCGACCCCCACCCUUCUCAUCCCGCCCCGCCCGCCUUCCCCUCCAGCCCACCCCUGGAGCCCGCAGCCGCCGCCACCCCUCCCGCGGUCUCGUCCUCGCCGCAGCCGACGGCGGAGGCCGUAGUCGCGCCCACCCCGCCAGACGACAAGGUCCUCGUCUCAGUUGAGGUGUUGCUGCACGCCACGAGUACGGCUCGCGCCGAGGACGUCCGAACGGCGGUCGAGAGGAUGUUAGAAUCUCGAAGUUUAAGCUAUGUCGAUGGUCCUGUUCAGAUACCUCCAGACAAUUCUUUUCUUCUUGAACAUGUCAAAAGGAUCCAAAUAUGUGACACUGAUGAGUUGAUUGAGAACCACAAAAUCCUGUUGUUUUGGCAAGUCAAACCUGUCGUUCAUGUAUUCCAGGCUCAAGCUGAUCUAGUUAUCUUGCAGUUGAGUGAGGAUGGUCCAGGUGAAGAACCAAGUGAAGACGACACACUCUCUAGCUUCAAUGAGUGGGCUCUACCUGCCAAAGAAUUUGAUGGAUUGUGGGAAAGCUUACUAUAUGAAGUGGGUCUCAAGCAGAGGUUGCUGAGAUAUGCUGCUAGUGCUUUGCUAUUUACUGAAAGAGGUGUAGACCCAUGCCUUGUUUCAUGGAACAGGAUUGUACUUUUACAUGGUCCACCUGGAACAGGAAAGACUUCAUUAUGUAAAGCACUAGCUCAGAAGCUUUCUAUUCGCUUCAAUUCAAGGUAUUCUAUGUGCCAACUAAUUGAAGUCAAUGCCCAUUCAUUGUUCAGCAAGUGGUUUUCUGAAAGUGGGAAACUGGUAGCUAAACUUUUCCAGAAGAUUCAGGAGAUGGUGGAGGAAGAAAGCAACCUGGUAUUUGUAUUGAUCGAUGAAGUUGAAAGCCUUGCUGCUGCCAGACAGGCUGCCAUAUCUGGUUCUGAGCCUUCAGACUCCAUUAGGGUGGUAAAUGCCUUGCUAACACAAAUGGACAAACUGAAGGCUUGGCCAAAUGUUAUCAUUUUGACGACAUCAAAUAUCACCACAGCUAUCGAUAUUGCAUUUGUUGACAGGGCAGACAUCAAGGCAUACGUCGGACCCCCUACUCUUCAAGCACGCUAUGAGAUUUUGAGAUCAUGCAUAGAUGAACUCUUCCGAGUAGGAAUUCUUACAUAUCCUCAGGGUGGUGAUUUGCCUUGCAUUCUGAGCUAUUCAACCCUGAAAGAGAAGUUGCACUGUCCUGAGGCUGCAGAACCCCAUACACUUCAUCUCUCCAAAUUACUGCAUGAAGGCGCAGAACUGUGCGACGGAUUGAGCGGAAGAUCAUUGAGAAAACUUCCUUUCCUGGCACACGCUUCUGUUCCCAACCCUUCGUGCUGUGACGCUGCUUCUUUCAUGCACACGCUGAUACAGACCGCGCGAAGAGAGCUCUUGGAAUCACGCGGAUGA